AUGGCCGUGGAACUGCUCAAAUUGCCAUCACGCCCUACCAUCGCUUUGAUUACUGGAUAUGCGGCACAGAGAAACAUCUACAGCUCUGCAAAGGCCUCAAUGCAACUCGAUCUGUCCCUGUCGCCAUUCAUUGAACAACUGCAUAUUGGAACCGUCGACUCACUGAUUGGCAAGGAAUUCACGUAUGUGAUUGCCGACAUUCUGGUGGGAGAAGGAGCCGGUUUCAUGGCAGAUGUCCAUCGAUUGUGCGUGCUGCUCUCCAGAGCGAGAGAUGGACUCGUGGUGAUGGGCUCAUCGCACGAGAUCGACGACCUACCUAUCAAAGGUAAUUGUGGCUUGAAAGAACUGAUGCUCUGGCUCAAGGCAUAUCGUGUGGCGAUGGUGACUACAGGAAAGAGUGUGGGAGGUCGUCCUAUGAUGCCCGCUUGUCGCUACUCCACUCCAGAGCAACCUUUCGCCUUCCAGUCUUGGGUCCUUCAGAACAUGACCAUUCUUGACUACUUGGAGAAGCCUGUAUGGAACGCGGACCAACCGGUUUCUCCUUGA